AUGAGCAGGGUUCCUCCAUAUGCAGCGGACGGCGUCCAGAUUGACAGUUUUCCUGGAGCAAAAUGGUGCCACGCAGAGACCUUAUUGGAGAAGGCCACCAGUGAAACAAGUGUGACUAACUUGAUUUUCUCUUUUGGCCUGAAUAACAGAUCCCAGAGGGAUAAAACUGUAGCAGUGACAGAGCUGAAAAGGGCGCUGAGGGCAGCACAGGGGAAAUUUCCAGGUCUAAAAGAGCAUAUCCCCGCUCUCCCUGAUGAAGUUUUCACCACGGGGAGAGAUGACAUUCACUGGACAGAUGAAACUGCUGAGCGUAUGUUACAACACUGGAAUGAACAGGAACUGGCAGAGUAUGAGAACCUGGCAGAGCAUGUGAAAGUGACCCAGAAAGACUUGGAGCAAGAUGGCUUUUCCAAGAACCCGUUCUUUCAUGGCAUCAUCGCUGAGGUGCCAGAGCAGCACAGAACAAAAGAAGGACACAGGAAGGUCGGCUAUACACUUUACUUCUAUUCCUACAGCUCAUUUGUAGGCAGAGCCAUUUAUAUGGAGGACUUGUACGUGAUGCCUGAGUUCAGAGGGAAGGGUGUUGGUAAAGCACUAAUGAGCAAGGUGGCACAGCUGGCUCUGGCUGCUGGUUGCCACCAGCUCAACUUCACCAUCCUGAACUGGAACAAACCAUCGAUGGACUUUUACCUCGGCCAGGGCUGCUUCGAUGCCACUGCUACCAUAGGCUACCACUGCAUGCGCUGCGAGGGGGAGGCGCUGAAGCAGCUGGCUCAGCUUUAA